AUGAAGUUUACUGUCCCAGUCCUUGCUUCCCUGGUGGCUACCAGCACCGCCUUGUUCGAUAAGAACCAGCCGUGGGGCAAACGCGACUACUCCUGCGUGAACGUCUACCAAGGUAUUCCCGAUAACUCAACCGUGACCGCCGGACAAACCAUCAAAUUCCGCUUCGACCGCAAGCCCACAGGUCGCUGCCCAGACCCGUUGACCCAGUACCCCGGUGACGACUACAGCGUCUGGCUGUAUAACAACCCCGUGCGCAAGCUGGAUACCAUUUCCUUCGACCAAUCCAUUAAGAUCACAAGCGGUAUCAAGGAGAAGGCUGGUGUUGUGGACGUUACUAUUCCCAAGAACUUGCCAGAUGUCAAGGAUGGUUCGCUUUGGUAUUUGAGAGUCGGUACUUCUCUGUCGACAGCACCUCAGAUGCCCACUCUGUUCAACGCUGCUGGACCGUUUACAGUCAUCAAGGCAUAG